AUGGCAGCGGAAAUGACGCAAGAGCAAGAGCCUGGCGUCCAAGUCAUAACGGUGACUAACGAUGAAGGCACCGGCGAAGGACCUCCUCUGGUAACCCAGGACGGUGGCACACCCGAAUCGGAGGCGCGCCGCUUGGAGAGUGCGCCCUGCUAUAUAAUUUCGGGCACGACGGAGGCGGCGGUCGCCCAGAUUGCCGCGAGUCCUGAGUCGCUACAACAGCAACUUGGAGAGGAGAUGACCAUUUUGGGAGCCGCGUCGAAACGUCUUGUGGUAGUCCACGGUUUGCCGACGGGGUUUACACCGCUUCUCAGCACAGAGCUGGGUAUCGAUCCAGAUCUUAUCAGGGCCGUGGCGGGCAGGAAAAGGUACCGUCCAAAGCUAAUACCGGCGGGUUCUUGUCCUGCGAGUGUAGUUUCCUACGAAUACCCGUUGCUAUUGGGAAGUGAUGGUACGAGGGCAGUUUAUGAGGGCAAUGGGGAUUAUGACGAGAUUUACGGGCAGACCAGGGAUGAAAUGACUCCUCCACUUGUUUGCCCCAUGGCGAGUUCUAGCAGUGAUAAUGUCGCCUUCUGCCGGGUCACGGCAUGGCAAAGCGAUACGAAUAAUGUUCUGUUCUUGGAUCGGCCGUCAUGGCUAGGAACAUCUUCUUCACCUGAUGGCGAUAGCUUGAGUGAGAUGGAUACACUUGAGAGGCAGGCUUGGCAGUGCGUAUCUUCAGAAGAGUCCAUGAACAACUUCACAAGCACCAUCGAGACCAUGGUUCAUGAGCACUGGGUCGAGUUCAUGGAUGCUCUGCAGCCCGGCAUGGAUAAAUCCUCGGAAGGUACAAUGUCCUUGGCUUGGGAAAUUCAAAGACGACUGGAAGCAAACCUACAUGCAUCGUUGUCGUCGUCCUCGUCCUCCAGUGGCGGUAGUGUUCCUGGUCUACAAGCGUAUAGCGCAGUGAGACCGAAUUGGCAAGCACUGCUUGAUCGAGGAGAGCGUCACAGGCGACUGGCAUUUGACAUUGCAUCGCUCAAAUCCCGGAUAGAACGGACCGUGAUAUGGCCACCCGAAACCAUAGAAAAGCCACGUCAGCCAGGCGGUAACGCAACGCCGUGGUAUCCCGACGAGGUCAAGCAGGAGUCGCUACAGACAGAGGAGAACCAGCGGAGUCUCGACCGAGUGAGCUACCUCGGCGGCGUCCUCCUUCCCGUCUCCAUUGUCUCGGGCAUAUUGUCCAUGGGCGACACGUUUGGGCCCGGUGGCGACCUCUUCUACGUCUUUUGGGCCGCUGGUGUGCCGCUUACCGUCUUGACGUUGCUGGUGAUUUACGCCGACUCGAUCCGGCGCGAAGUCGUCUACGUGCAGACGAGUCACCGGGGAGGUGAUUCUUCAUCCGAUUCCUCGUCGCAUCAGGUUGCUGGGGACGGGAGUGGCGAGGAGGGGUGGAGAUGGAAUCGUAUGGGUAAUGAAGAACAAGUCACGGUCUCCAUGCCCGACCUAGAGAGUGCAUUUCCGCCCACCGUGCCGUACACGGAACAGAUUCCUAUUUCCGAGCCCAUCAGCGCGGUUCCGGCUGCAUCUCCGUAUCCGAGGCUGGACAAGGCGAAUUCGGUGGCUUCGGAGCCCGUGGCCAUGUUGGAGCCGAGAUUUGGCAAGAAGAAACCACACGACAAGGCGACAUGGGAGAGGAGGGAAUUGGGGUGGAUGGGUGCGGCCAUGUGUGCGUUGCGGCUUUCAGAGCUGAAGAGGCAGCAAAGGCCACCGCGGGCCGUCGGUCGAUCAGAGAGUCGAUUCACAACCACCCCGAGACUUUGA